GAUGUUUGGGAUAGCGCAGCACAGCACGCUUUGUUGCUUCCUGAGCUGAACGACCUAACGUUUUUUAGGGGGCUCUGGUUGCGUGCGUAAGGCUCUAAUUCCGCUUCCUGUUUUGGGCUCUUGAGUGAAGGGGAAUCUCUCUGGUUCUUUCAUCCUCCUCUUUUUCGCCUCUUCCAAAUCACCGUCUGUAAACCUCUAUAUAUCAAGAGAGAGAAAGAGAAAUAAGGAGAACCCACUAGGCGUGCAAAUAAAAAGUUUUUAAAAGAGAAAAGCCAGAUAUCAAUCCCAUGCUAUUAUAGCUCCCUCUAAUCUCUAUCUUUGCUUUCGGGUUGUUAUUCUUAUUGGGUUUUUCUUUCCCUUUGGUGGGGUUUCUCUUGGGUUUUAAAAAUCUUGCGCUUUGGGUUUAAGUCUUGAGGUGUUGGUUUCAAGGAUUUUCAUGGGCUGAAGCUCUUAAGGUUUCUGGGUGUUUCUUAGUUUCCCUCUGUUUUCUGCAUUUUCUCUCUGGAUUUUCGAUUCAGGAGCCAAAAGAUCGGGUUUAUUUUUUAAUGAUUCGAGGAUGUGGGUCUUCUUGGUUUUGAGCUCUGGUUAACAUAUUAGUUUGAAAUCUUCUUGUUUCUGAUCGACAAAGUUGUAGAGUAAAGGUGAUUUAGCGAUGGAGGGGUCUUCAAGAAGUGAGGUCUGUCCUCAGUUGCUAGAUUUGAUUCCCAAACAGGGGGAGUGGAUUGCAAACAGAGACGGAGAAAGAAGGCAUGGCCUUUCAGAGGAGAAAAAGCUGGAGCUAAGGCUUGCUCCACCUGGUGAAGACUGGUCUGUGAAAGACAACACAAAGACAAACCAUAGAGACAGAGAUGAGUCUCUAUUCUCUCUUGCAUACUUCUCUCCUAUGGCUUCCAUGAACCAUAACACUAGCAUCAACAACAACAGCAAUGGAAGCACUGUUUUCUCAUCUCCGUGGUCGUCUUCAGCUUACCAGGGACAGACCCAGCACAAUCACCAGCAGACAAAAGCUCCGUCAUUUCUUCAGUUCCCUUCAACCCCUCAGAGCUUGCCUGUUAUGGCUCAGGAAGCAUCACAGCCCUGUUGCACUAAAGUGGUCGACUUGCAGAGUUCAGAGAAGAAAACAUUUUCACCAUCUUCUGCAAAGACAGCUGUACCCAACAGCUCUCAGAAAAGGACUGCUCCAGCUCCAGUGGUGGGGUGGCCUCCAAUUCGUUCAUUCAGGAAGAAUCUUGCUAGCAGCAGCUCUUCAAAACCAGCUCCAGAGUCGCAAAAUGCGGCCCCAGACAAGACUGCCACUAAAAAACCGGUUGAAACUUGCGGCAAAGGCCUGUUCGUGAAGAUCAAUAUGGAUGGAGUGCCUAUUGGGAGAAAAGUGGAUCUCAAGGCCUAUGACACCUAUGAGAAACUCUCCUCUGCUGUUGAUGAACUCUUCAGGGGCCUGCUUGCAGCUCAAAGAGAUUCCUGUGCUGGUGGAGUCCACCAGAAGAAGCAAGAGGAAGAGAAAGCGAUUACGGGUUUACUGGAUGGAAGCGGCGAGUAUACUCUUGUUUAUGAGGAUAAUGAAGGAGACAGGAUGCUUGUUGGGGAUGUCCCAUGGCACAUGUUUGUAUCUACCGUGAAGAGGCUGCGCGUGUUGAAGAGCUCUGAACUUUCUGCACUUACCCUUUGCAGCAGUAAGCAAGACAAGGUGCCUCUUGACUCUCCAAUGAAGUGAGGAGGGGGAAGAGAAAUGUUUCUCCGUGGAAUCCUUGCUGAAGUUUGAGGGAGAUUUGAUUUCCGUUUCCAUUUUGACAUUUUGGUGCAUAUUUUCGUUGGUCAAGAAAAGAAGAAAAAUUUUCAGCUCACAAAAAAGUCCCAAGUGAUGUUUCAUGGAUGGUUUUUGUUUUCUGUCGAGGCUUCCUCCUCCUCUAUUUGUAGAAAGUUUUUUUUUUUUUUUUUUUUUGAAGAAAAACAGCCAGACAAAUGUUGUUCUGAUGAUGCACUAUUGAGUAACAAGUAACUUGUGAUGUUUUUGGUUUUGUAUUUA